AUGCACAUAUUUGGCUUCAUAAUACUACUAAUUAGCUGCGUUUUCGCCAUUUCAGCUAGUGAAUCCUCAUCCAACCGCCAUAUACUUCCGAAACAACAAUUUAAUGCCUUUGACUCGCCCGAGUUUUGCUCACAAAUCAUCACUUCAACAUGUAAUACUACUUUUUCCUAUAUCGACAAGCUAAACAAAGAAAUACGCCCCUCCUUGGCUGAUCUAGUCAAGACAUCGUAUUUCCGUUAUUUCAAGGUUGAUUUGGACAAACAGUGUAAAUUCUGGGACGCACAACACUUUUGCGCCACUGAAAACUGCGCAGUCGAAGUAUUGGAAGAUUUCAAUUGGAGUCAAGUCACUAAUGAAAAUUUGAAACCCAUGAAAUUGGGUAAAAUCAAGUUACCAGACUCAACUGCCUCGGUUCAAAACUCAAUUGAAACCGAAAAGAUUGCAACUUGUGAAGAUUUGGAUUAUACUCACAUAGACGAUGGACACACAUGUGUACAUGUGAAUUUGUUGAACAACCCAGAAAGAUUUACUGGAUAUGGUGGAAACCAAAGUUUUGAUGUUUGGAAAGCAAUUUACUCAGAAAACUGUUUCCCAAAUACAAAUCCAAUGUCAAUGGAACCAAAUCAAAAGAAGGAAAAAUGCCGUGAAAAGAAUUUGUUUUACCGAUUAGUUAGUGGAAUGCACGCAUCCAUUGCUGUACAUUUGUCUAAUGAGUAUUUGGACUCGGUAACUGGUGAGUUUUAUCCAAACUUGGAUGUGUUUAUGCAAAGAGUUGGUAAGUUUAACGACCGAUUAUCUAAUAUUUAUUUCAAUUUUGCUUUGGUUUCUCAAGCAUUGGUCAAAUUGAAAGAUGUUUUGCCUUUGAGGGAAUUCAUUCAAUCCGGAUACGAUGAUAUUACUCCAGCUCAAAAGGAACAUUUACUAGCCAAUAAUGAUACAGAGAGUGUUGAUGUUUACGAUGAGUUAUUGUUGGAGGAUAUCAUUCCCGCAUUGGGAUCAAAUACAAUGUUCAACACCUCAACUUUGUUUGAUCUGAAAAAGGACCCUAAUUUGAAAAACGAAUUUAGAGCAAGAUUUAAAAACAUUUCGGCAAUAAUGGACUGUGUCGGAUGUGACAGGUGCAGAAUGUGGGGUAAGAUACAGACUAUUGGCUACGGAACAGCAUUAAAGAUUCUUUUUGAAGAUGACUACGACAAUUUGAAAUUCAGAAGAAUUGAAAUUGUUGCAUUGAUCAAUACAUUGGACCGACUUUCCAAAUCCAUUGCUUCCAUCAAUAACUUCAAAAAGAUGUAUUUACAACAUUUGAAAGAUGUUGCUGAUGGAAUUGCUCAACCUGGAAAUUACGACUCACUAAACUCGCAAAACAAUAGCAACGGAGGCUUUCAUUUCCCUUUUAUCCAGUCUCCUGCGCCUGCAUCUGCGCCUGCAUCUGAACCAGCACCAGCACCAGCAUCCAAAUCCAAAUCUAAAUCGCACCUGGAUCAUAAAUCCAGGUCUCACGAAGAACAUAAAACACCAAACAAACAGUCACUUGAGGAUCUCUACAAAAUUCCAGCAAAAGACCGGACAUUUACCCAAGAGUUUCGAUUAGCUUUCCUGGAAGUGUUUGAAGCAUUAAAGUUUGUUCUUGGUAGUUAUAAGCAGUUUCCCGUUAUUAUGGGUAAAUUCUCUAUUGCUCAAUUAAACCAGUGGUGGAACCAAUUAAUUGGGAAACCUCAAGUUUACGAAUACAAGAGUGCAGUUGACGUAGAAGCUGAAGAGUACCACAGGCUCAUCAAAUCAUAG